AUGCUGUCCUGGAGAAUGCUCCUAAUUGGUCUUUUCUACUGCUGCAUCAAAACAGGUGCCACACGGUAUCGAAGUAAAGUCCUGUUCCCAGCUGCAAGCAGAAUACAAAGAGGUGUUGCAACUUUGGUGAACCCCACCUUCCACAAUUCAUUUGACGAUGUUCAUCUAUUAUUUGAGAUCCUACUGACUGGCAUAAAUUUUGAGGCCAGUGGAGAGUUUUCAGUGAGAGACGCCGAGCUGGCUUCUCUCCGAAAGACACGAGACCUGGAGGUCAUCUGUGAGGACGUCAUUCCUAGGAAGUUAACAGAUGUAUUUAGGCUCAUCUCUGACCUUUCGGAUUAUAAUGGUGAACUGCAUCAGGACGAUUUUGAGCGUACCGUGUUGACCUUGGUAUACACCGCCGAGCAGGUGGUCAAUUCCACUACUGAACACCAAAGAGAUGUUUGGGCAGAGUCUUUCGUUAGCUUGUACAAAGCUAUCAAACAUGAUCUGACAGGAACAAACUGAAUGGAUACAGGUGUUGCUACACAAUGGCUCUGUGUUGGAGUUUAAUAUGCACAUAAGAAAAACCCUCUUUUUUGAAAAAUAUCCAGUUUAUGCAUUGAUUAGGCCAUGAGAAGUCUGAAAGAAAAGUCCUGUGAGAAACUGUUGCCAAAAAUAGGUAAAGUGCAUUGAAACAAUUAUUAAAAUAUUGACUGUCACAGCAAAAGUUAAUUCAAACUUGAGGUACUCUAUAU